AUGUUCAGUUGUAGCCCGAAAAAGGAGAAUCUCCUUAUCAAAUUCCCUUCAUACAAGACCGCUGGCGUGGAAUUUCAUGAAGAGACAAAUGCUCAGGGACACAAAUGUUUCCGAAUGAGCGGUGGAAAAGUAGAGGUUUUCCCUCCGGGAUUGUCGGGAUCCAAAAAGUACUAUGUUCAUCUUGAAACUCGCAUCGGUAUCCAUGGAAAGCCCGAGAGAUGCGUAAAUGCCGAUAGCAAAGGAUGUGGUGGAAUUGGAUCAUGUGUUCAUUGCGACAUUUGCGAAACGAUGGGUGGUUCACUAAAGAAUUUUGUCCAGAUCUUUCAAGGAAAUAAACCAGCGCAAUGCUCUAGUGAGGGCCUUCCUCCUGGUAGCUACAAUGAUCUCUCUUUGAAAGUCUGCCUACCCACCAAAAACGAACUUCUACCUUUCCUCGACCAGAAUGCCAGCCGAGCCGAGCAGCUAUGGGACCUGUUUGUCAGCUCACGUGCGAGAUCAGGGGAAAUCCCACUUGUAAUUGCUGCUCGCAUCUUCAACCGUCCAAUCAACAACCUAAGUCCGAAAGAGAUGAACGAUCUUCUACACGACUCAAAAGACGGAAUGAUCGGUUGUCACUGGAUCUACGCGACUGUCUCACAACAGAAUUAA